AUGGACGUUGGAACGAUGGUGAAAACCGGGGAAUCCUCCUCCCCGGACGUUGUGGAAUUACCGGAAAUAUUGAGAGUCUUCGAGACUUCUCUUUCUGAGAUCAAAUGGAAGCUCAGACCUUCUUCCAAGCGUCGUUUUGAGACGGACAUUUUGGCUUUGAUCACUGAGAUGAGGCCUGUUAUAAUGGUCGACUAUGGUGGGAAGAUGCCUGAAUUGCAGGAUCGGCUUUGUUCUUUUCUCAACUAUUGCAAAAAGGAGUCACCUUUUUUUGAGCAUUUGAAAGUCAUGGUUAUUGAGGAUAUGAUAUAUUUGGUGCAUGCCAGAGCCUUUGCGGAGUUCAUCCACUCUAGCCUACAUUUUGACACUGAGAUGGUUUUGAUGAACAUUGAACAGGACCCUCCAAAGAUAGUGGCGCAGAAUGACAAAGACUCGGUUGCGGAAGAACUUGUUUCAAUUCAGAAGAAGUUUUCUGCUGUAUUUGGCUCAAGUUUGGGGAAGAAUGAUCCCCCUCAACUUGAAGGAGGAUAUUUAACAACUGAUGCCAGGUCCUCUUCUGAGUCUUCUGGGUUUAUUGAUCUCAGCAGCUGGACUACAGAAAGUGGGGUCACCAUUCCUACCCUUAACGGAUGGCUUCUUGGUUAUCCAGUGGUAUAUUUCUUUAGUAAGGAACAUAUCGAGGAUGCCAUUUACAAUCUCUCAACCAAGUGCCUUAAUCUGUAUCAAAUACUCAUUAUCAGGAGUGGCACGUCUAAUGGCAGAGGAUCUCGGUGGGAAGAACUAAUGAGUUUCUCAGUUCCUUAUGACCAGAGUGUGGAAGGAAGCAGUGAGCCAUGGGCCAAGGCAUUUUUACUUCGUAUGCAGACAAAGAUAGAAAGGUGCAAGCAUGUUUGGGGAUCUUUAAGGAUGGAAGUUAGCAGUUGUUAUCCACAAGCAAUUGCCUUAUAG